AAAUCGAUCAGCUCUACAAACAAGAGCAUCAGAGAUCUUGUGACAAAGAGUUCCAAGUGAAUCAAAAAACAAUUUCCAAGAUGAAAUUCAUCGUACUGGCUCUCUUCUGCAUGGCUGCAUACGCCACUGCUCAAGAAAUUGAACCUGAAGCCGUGGAAGAAUACUACGGGUCUCCUCGUUUUCGACGACACGCUGACCCUCAAGGGUCCAUCGUUAUUCAGGGACAGAAACCAUUGAGCGGACCGGAUCGUCGCCCAUCCUUGGACGUCGAUUAUCAUCAACGCGUCUACGACAAAAAUGGAAUGAACGCGGACGCAUACGGUGGACUGAAUAUUCGUCCAGGACAGCCUGCUCAACCACACUUGGGUAUCCAAGUCGGGCGUGAAUACAAGAAUGGCUUCAUCAGAGGAUACAGCCAGGCUGAACGCGGUCCUGGCGGCAGAAUCUCCCCCAGCUUCGGCAUUGGUGGUGGAUUCAGAUUCAGACGCGACGUCGAUGGUAUGACGUCAGAGGAACUAGGAUAUUAAAUCUAUCUAUGCGUACAGUUAACGAUCAGACUACGGAUCUUUCUGCAAAUUCAUAAUUCUUUUGGACAUAAUUAGAGAAACUUAGGCAGAGAUCCGUUUUAACGUAAUAUCAAUUACUAUUGGUAUUGUCUUGUAUUAAUUGCAUUUAUUUAAUAUUUAAUGAUUAUUUAUUUGAGAUAUGCAUUUACUUUGUUUCAUUUCCUAUACUUUAUGUAAUUGAUAAGACAUUGACGAUUAAGAGAUUGUACUGAAAAGAAAUGAUAAUAAACGUAAUGUAAUAACAUAAA